CGUACAGUACUCACACUGGACUCAGAGGGACUUUUGUUUACUACAGCAGGAGCCUAAAGAUGAAAUUUCUUCCUGAGACUUCCUUGUUCCUGUUCCACCUGCUGCUUCUGACUGAGCUGUUAGCCCAAUCUUCAUCUCUUCCCAUCCAUGGCUCCUCCCACUGUGGAUUUUUUGGAUCGAUGAUCCAUCAUGUGGAAAGUUUGAUGAACUUAUCGAGAAAACUCCAUCAGCUGAGAACAGAAGAACUCGAACACUUUGAAGAUACCAAAUUCAGUCUGGACAGCCUUCCUGAGUUGUAUCACACUGCUGGCCAUCUUAGGACACUGAAGGUUAAUGAAUCCCUCACUCAGAUGUACAGAUACACUCAGUCCUUCAAACUGCAUAUCGACUGGUUGAAGGAUGCUAAAGAAAAUGUCAGUUUGCCUUUCCAGACAGAAGAGGGCGCCAGCUCUCACCUUCUGCAAUUAUCCAACCUCAUUGAAAAAUGUCUUCAUCCGCUAAACAAAGAGGAUCUUCUGUCAAUGGCACCCAACCUUCCUGUUGUCUCCAAUGCCUUUAAUGCACUUGAGUACUCUGUAGAAAUUUCUGAAAGGUUAAAAGUUUUCUGUGUUUGGUCAAAAAGAAUCUUACGGUACUUCCAGAAGCAUUCUUAAAAAAACAAAGGUCUUGCAGCCCUUUCAGAGGCAGUCCUGCUAUUCUAGACAGUGUAAGCCUUAAAGGGCAUUUAAAAAACCACUGUUAACUCCAGAAUGUUUUAAAGCAAUAUUAUGUCAUGUUAGUGGACUACCUCAAGAUGGCAGCGUUGGGUAAUCUGCUGUCGUGGUGCUGACGCAAACAUCUCAGCUACAGACCAUUGGAUUCCUAUAAAAGCUUAAAUAAGGAUAAAAUACUUUUUAUUAACUUUAUUAUCCACUUGUUUCUAAGCCCAUUUGUAGUUUAGAAAUGUGAUUUCCCAAAAGACAAGACUGUGUAAAAACUGAUCAAAACAAAUUCACAAAAAAAACAACAUAACAUUUUAUGCAUUUUUUUUCUUUUACUAAACUGCAAAAUUGUCAGUUUGCUUGGUUUUAUCAACAGUAAUGAAAUGGUGAGAAUAAGGAACCUGUCUGGCAGCUUCAUUCACUCUAGACAUGAUUUUGGUUUGCAUUUAAUUAAGGUAUUUAAACAAUAUUUUCUAAAUGAAUUGAGAAUAAUUUUAACAUGCUUAUUGAAAAGCUACUCUCACUGCAUUAUGACAAUUUUAGCUCAUACAUAAUUAGCAUGUUAGGCAUCAAUCAUCACAGGGGACAGAAGAAAUUAUUUCCUGUGCUUUUUUUCUGCAUUUGAACCUUUUAUCAACAUGUGAAAAGUAUUUUUAGAUAAAAAGUUUUAGAAAUAGAUAAACUGAGAAGAUAGAGAAAUUACAGUCUAUUUUUCUUAGACCAUUUUGCAUAUAUCUAAAUAUCACCUACUGGAAACAAACAAAUAUGCCCAAUUUCUUAUUAUUUUUCCUGUGUUUCUGCAAUCAUUAUGCAUCAGCUGUGUGCUGGGAUUAAUAAUCAAUAACAAAAGGUUAAAAAUGUUACUUUCAGUCAUUUUACCAGAAUUUCCAGCAUUGCUCAGACUGUUCUUUGCUUGAAUGUAGAAUUUUUGCUGAUAUCAACAUCGCUAACCACAACUGUUUCACCAUUUGAUUGAAUGUUUGCCAAAUGGAAAGAAAUGUCUGUUUAAGAUGUGUAUGAUGAAUAGUGUUGAUGCACAAAUCUAAAGCCUCUUAAUGCUAUGAGUGUCAGAACCAUCUCCAUAUGAUGUGACUGAGAUCAGUGGUGCAUUGUUUACAAAGUAUUUUUUUUUAACAGGUUGUCAUAUGAACUUUUUUUUUAAGAGAAAGCAGAAUGUAGGUUUAUCUUGUAGGCUUGAGGAAAUGUAUAUUUUUCUUUUACAUGUUGCCAUUUGAACUGUACUCAUGCACUGUGCCGAGGUAGUGUCACCUUUGACCUUUACUCCCACUGAGACUGUUUACACUCACAGUGCCUGCCAGGUGUUGAUCAGAAUGAUGAACCGAGUGAUAAGAAAUAUGGAUUCUGUAACAACUCUUCUGUUCUAUUUUUUUAACCUAUUUAGAAAGCUAUUUAUCAGUUUUUAUAUUUUGUAUUUCAGCUUUGAGAUGCAGGCAUCUCAUUUUU